AUGAUCACACCAUCACCAACUGAACCCGAAGCCAUGCCUCGGCCAUCUCGGCAACGCCAUCCACCUGGAUAUCUUCGAGACUACCACUGCGCUAUUGUGGCCUCCAAUCAAUCCUCUUCAGACUCUAAGUCAAAGGCGGACUAUUCACUUUUUACAUUAGUCCGUGGCUCUCUCUUGACCAUUGUCCUUGUUUAUGUUGAUGAUUUGGUUAUAAUGGGCGAUGAUGCAGUUAUGAUUCAACUUCUCAAGCGAUUUCUCGACACACAAUUUCGUAUUAAGGACUUGGGCACUCUCAAAUAUUUCUUGGGCAUUGAAGUUUCUCGUUCCAAGUCUGGGAUUUUCUUGUCACAAAGGAAAUACGCUCUUGAUAUUUUGUCUGACAUUGGUCUUCUUGGUGGACGUCCUAUUGAUACUCCGAUGGAACUCAAUAUACAAUUUUCGGAGUCCUCUCCAACUCUUAAGGAUCCAGGUUCAUAUAGACGACUUAUUGGUGGAUUAUUAUAUCUUACAGUAACUCGUCCAGAUUUACUCUUUGCAGCAACAUCUUAG